AUUGGCUGAGAGCACCCUACUUCAGAUGUAGGACAAAGGUGACGGACGGUUGUCAGUAACACUGGGUCAUUACGCUGUGUGCUCUCUCUAAAACCAUGCUAAUGAACAAGUUGCUCCGAGCCUCGCUGCGCUCCGGCGUGCGUCUACAGGGCACCAGUGCAGCAGCUGCUAAAGCACCCUCUCCUGCUGCAGCCAGUGGAUACUCCUUUGAACUAAGCGAGCAGCAGAAAGAGUUCCAACAACUUGCCCGAAAAUUUGCCCGAGAAGAAAUAGUCCCAGCAGCGGCAGAAUACGACAAGACUGGGGAGUAUCCUUUCCCCGUUAUCAAGAAGGCAUGGGAACUUGGUCUGGUCAAUGGUCAUAUUCCAGAAGAAUAUGGUGGAAUGGGUUUGUCCAUCUUUGACACCUGCCUCAUCACAGAAGAACUGGCUUUUGGUUGCACAGGGAUCCAGACGGCCAUCGAAGCAAACUCACUCGGACAAAUGCCCGUGAUUCUCGCUGGCAGUGAUGCACAGAAGAAGAAAUACCUGGGGAGAAUGGUGGAAGAGCCUUUAAUGUGUGCCUACUGUGUGACAGAGCCUGGGGCUGGGUCAGAUGUGGCUGGGAUUAAAACUAAAGCUGUGAAAAUGGGUGAAGAGUACGUGGUGAACGGACAGAAGAUGUGGAUCACAAACGGAGGCAAAGCCAACUGGUAUUUCCUUUUGGCCCGAACAAAUCCUGACCCUAAAUGUCCUGCAAGCAAAGCUUUCACUGGCUUCAUUGUGGACGCAGACACUCCAGGAAUUCAAGUCGGAAGAAAGGAGAUGAACAUGGGCCAGCGGUGCUCAGACACCAGGGGCAUUGUGUUUGAGGACGUGAGGAUUCCCAAAGAAAACGUCCUGCUCGGAGAAGGAGCCGGCUUUAAGAUUGCGAUGGGUGCUUUCGACAAGACCAGACCACCAGUUGCUGCUGGAGCGACUGGUCUGGCACAGAGAGCUCUGGAAGAGGCCACUAACUAUGCCCUGGAGAGGAAGACCUUUGGCAGAGUCAUCGCUGAGCACCAGGCGAUCUCAUUCAUGCUAGCAGAGAUGGCCAUGAAAGUUGAAUUGGCACGAAUGGCCUAUCAGCGCUCGGCCUGGGAGGUGGACCAGGGCAGACGAAAUACAUACUAUGCCUCCAUCGCCAAAGCCUUUGCCGGGGACAUUGCCAACCAGGUGGCCUCCGACGCAGUGCAGAUAUUUGGAGGCAACGGGUUCAACAGCGACUAUCCCGUGGAGAAACUCAUGAGAGAUGCCAAGAUCUACCAGAUUUAUGAAGGCACAGCUCAGAUCCAGAGACUGAUCGUGGCUCGUGAACAUCUUGGCCGAUACAAGAAAUAACUUGUCAA